AUGGGAAAGGUCAAAAAGAAGGGAACUUCCGGAAACGCCAAGAAUUUCAUCACCAGAACACAGGCAAUCAAGAAACUUCAGGUUUCGCUAGCCGAUUUCCGUCGCUUGUGUAUCUUCAAGGGAAUUUAUCCUAGAGAACCAAGAAACAAGAAGAAAGCUAAUAAGGGAUCGACGGCUCCUGUGACAUUCUACUACACUAAGGAUAUUCAAUAUCUUAUGCACGAGCCAAUUCUGGCCAAGUUUAGAGAACACAAGACUUUCUCAAAGAAGCUCACCAAGGCACUUGGUAGGGGUGAAGUCAGUGAUGCCAAGAGGCUUGAGGAGAACAAGCCGAAGUACAAGCUAGAUAAAAUUGUCAAGGAAAGAUACCCGUCAUUCCUUGAUGCCCUGAGAGACUUGGAUGAUUGUUUGAAUAUGCUUUUCUUGUUCAGUAAUAUGCCUGCUACUGAUAAGGUGAGUGCUAGAAUCACCUCGGAGGCUUCGAAAUUGACCAACCAAUGGAUGGCCUACAUUGCUAGAGAACGCCUUUUGAAGAAGGUUUUUGUUUCUAUCAAAGGAGUGUACUACUCUGCUAGUGUCAAAGGACAGGAGGUGAUCUGGCUGGUUCCUUUCAAAUUCCCACAAAAUAUCCCUACGGACAUUGACUUUAGGAUAAUGCUGACGUUCCUUGAAUUCUACUCCACUUUACUGCAUUUUGUGCUUUACAAGCUUUACACUGACGCCGAACUUGUUUAUCCACCGAAAAUCGACAGCACUAAGAUGAAAGGGAUUGGUGGACUUUCAGCAUACAUUUUAGAGACUAAGGGUAGCGAUCCAGUGCUACCAACCGACAAGCCGGAAGAAACUGAGGAGACCAAACUUACGAAAGAAGAGAUAAACAGAGCAUUAGCUGCUGACAGCGAGAACAAGACCGAAGAGUCUCGGGACGUUGAUGAGGAAGAGGAGAAGGAAAUCGAGCUGGACGAGUUCAAGGAUGUGAACAAAAACACUGGAGAUAUCUUGGCACAGCCUUCGAAAUACACAAGCAGUACAAGCACCUUGUUGUCCAAGUUUGUGUUCUUCAUUGGAAGGGAGGUUCCUUUGGACAUUUUGGAGUUUGUGAUUCUCUCUGCCGGGGGUAAGGUGAUUAGCGAGGCUGCUCUAGAUGAGGCCAAACUAAAUGGUCGCAAAGUUGCUUUCGACUUGGGCGCCGUGACCCAUCAGAUUGUCGACAGGCCAAAGGUUGCUAACAAGGUUCAAGGCCGCACAUACGUCCAGCCUCAAUGGGUCUUUGACUGCGUUAAUAAAGGAGAGCUCCUGAAUGUGAAUGAUUAUGCACCAGGUGAGACCCUGCCGCCUCAUUUGUCUCCUUGGGGAGACGGUGGAAUUUACAAUCCAGAUACAACGGCCAAGGAGGUGGAAGAGGAAGUCGGAGCCGAGGAAGAAGAUGGUGAAGAGGAGGACGAAGAGGACGUGGAGGACGAAGAUGAAGAAGACGAAGAUGAGGAAGACGAAGAACUUGCUGAGCAAAGAGAAUUGGAGCUUGAGGCUAAGGGCGUCAAGUAUUCUGAGGCAGAAAACAAGAAGAAGAGAACCAUCUCAGAAGCCGAGAAACAAGCUAAGGAGGCCAAGGAAGAAAAGGAGCUCAAGAUGAUAAUGAUGUCCAACAAACAGAAGAAGCUCUACAAGAAAAUGCAGUAUGGCAUUGAGAAGCAAGAGGCUCGUAAGGAGGAAUUGCAAGCCAAGAAACAGAAGCUUGACAAGACCAAGAAAAAACUCAGCGAGCUCAGCAAGAGUAAGAAUAAAUAG